AUGUCGUCCUCGAAGCGCGUGGAGCAGAUUGCUGGUCACCUCAACUACCCCAAGGGUAUGUUGGCGGGCCAGACUGCCAUUAUUACUGGAUCUGGACAAGGAAUUGGAGCAGAGGCGGCGAAGCUGUUUGCGAAGGAGGGCGCAAAGGUUGUGGUUGCUGAUGUAGACGCAAAAAAGGCCGAAGCGGUAGCUUCUGAGAUCAACUCUUCAGGUGGUAGCGCAAUAGCAGUAGCAGGCGACGUGCUCGACGACGCCUAUAUCAAGACACUGAUCUCUAAGGCGGCCGAGUUUGGCGGAGGCAAGAUCCACAUCAUCGUCAACAAUGCAGGCUACACAUGGGACGGUGUCAUCCACAAGAUGACGGACAAGCAAUGGCAGACUAUUGUCGACUUGCACGGAACAGCGCCGUUCAAGAUUGUGCGCGCCGCAGCGCCGUAUUUCCGGGUCAAGGAUGGCGAGCCCAGGAACAUUAUCAACAUCUCGAGCACAAGCGGCUUAAACGGCAAUGCCGGGCAGAUCAACUAUGCGCUGGCCAAGGCGGGUGUGCAGGGCAUGACCAAGACGAUUGCCAAAGAGUGGGGCCCUCAGUUUGGCGUGCGGGCAAACACGGUCGCUUUCGGACACAUCCAGACGCGGCUAACGGCAGCAAAGGAGGCGGGCGCAUUUGUGACGACGCCCGAUGGCGAGAAGGUGGCACUCGGAAUACCACAGGCGCAAAAGGCUGCCGUCCCAGAGGGCCAGCUGUAUGCAGACAUUCCGCUGCGCAGGCCGGGGACAGCGACGGAGGCGGCGAGCGCGGUGCUGGCUGUUGCGAGCCCACUGUUUAGCUAUGUCAACGGAGAGACGAUCAAGGUCACGGGUGGUCGGAACAUGUAG